AUGGAACUUGGUAAUCCAAUGGAAGGGGAGUUAGAGAAACAAGGUGUUUGGAUACCAGUAACACCUGAAAAGUUCUCUCUCACCCCGGUGAAGCCGCCGGAGCAGGAGCCAGAGCCAAUUUCCGUUGACAGUGAAUGGAAAAAGCAUAUGGGUCAGAGUUUUUCUGCUGGAAAUUGGGAUCAGCCUGUGGUUUUAAAUGCUGUGACUUCCAUGGAUACAAACAGAGGAAUGUAUAACUGUGACACUACUGCAUUGGCUGCCGCCAAACAAGGAACAGUGGUGGAUCAUAAUGUGGCACACACAAGUAAUGGCCUUUCCGGAGAUUUGGAAGAGACAACAAAUUGUGGUCUGAUGGGCUGUGGGAAUUCAAGUUUAGGUGUUCCGAAAUUGGGUAAUUGGGACAACCUUACUUUUAUGGAGAUAUUGGCUCUUGCAAACAACACUCAACCAAUUUCAGCGUCUGCGUUCGAUGCCAUGCCAGGUUCUUCAAAUAAGAUAAAUGAUAAACCAGAUCAACAAAAAGACAACGAUGAGAUACAGUGCGAAGGGAAAAACUCACAUUCCACCCCAAUUCAUAGAAAGAGACCCCGCAAUGUCUCAGACUCCAACAAAAAGCCAAGACACAGGCCAAAAAAGAAGAAAUAUUGGCCUAAGAUAGCAGAUGAAGGGAAAGCUAGAAAAGCUUCAAAAUCUCGUAAACCAAUGUCUUCAACUCCAGCUCCUAAAACUCCAAAGCAUGCCACUUCCAAGAAGAGGAAGAAUGCAAGGAAGAAAAAUGUCAAAGUAUCAGCCAAUCUUGGGGAAGCAGAUCCGAAGCCUGAUGGGCAUGAUGAACAUGCUGCAAAGUCGUGCAAGCGAGUUCUCACUUUUAUAUUGGAAGCUCAUGCAAGAGAAAAUAAUGAUUUGAGUAACAAGGGAAGGAGAGAAGUUGCUACUGAACAGAAUCUCACAAUUCAAGGUUGUGGAUACAAUUCUUUGCAAGUGUACCGUAGACUAUUCCAAGCAAAUAAUUGUCAAAGAAACAGUAAAUUAAUUGGACCAAAUUUUCCAAGAAUAUUCAAGAAGAGGAGGAUGACGAGAGAAAAGUCUAUCCAUUGGGGUAGCCUUUAUAGACGGCUUUUUGUCAAAAUGAUGUUACCUACAGAAUUACAAAGAAGAUUAGCAUUUGGUGAUCCCAAAUCUUUCAAUUGUAUAUUCUCAUUGAUCCCAGCGGUAAAGUUUAAACAGAGAAGAUCUUCUGGACUUGCAAAUCCUGUGGGCCGUGGUGGUGGAAUUGACAACAAUGAGCAUCAGCACGUCGAAAGUAAAAAUAUCCUCACGGAAGUACACAAUAAUAAUCUUGAAAUUGACAACAAUGAAAAUCAACCUGUGGGAAGUAAAAAUAUCCUAAUGGAAGGACAGGAUAAGAUGGUAACUGGUGCACAAAUUGAGGAUGUUACAGUCACUUCAAAAAGGUCACAAGUUCAGGGACUAGAAUUGGCCACUCCAAAGGUGACUCCAAAAAGUUCAGUUAUGCUGCAUUCUACUGUUCAGAGACUACAGUUGGCCGCUCCAAAGGUCACUCCAAAAAGUUCACAGGUUAUGCUGGAUUAUAUUAUUCGACAGCUAGAGUGUGUUUGUAUCAGUGAUGAAGGAGGCUGCCAACUUGUAGUCUAUGAUCAAAAUUCACAUUUUUCUGAGAGCGAGCAUAGAGCACUAGUUCCUUAUGAUCUUAAAAAACGCAAAAAGCUGCCCAAAGUUGAUCUUGACUCAGAGACAAUGAGGGUAUGGAAAAUGCUCACCGAGGGUCUUGAAGAGGAGGACAAGAAUAAGGAGAAAUGGUGGGAAAAAAAGAGAGAAGUAUUCCGCGGACGUGUAGACUCAUUUAUUAGCAAAAUGCAUCUUAUCCAAGGUUCAGUUGUGGACUCAGUGGUUGGAGUCUUCCUAACUCAAAAUGUGUCAGACCAUCUUUCAAGUUCCGCAUUCAUGUCUCUUGCUGCUCAGUUUCCCCUUCAAUCUACAAAUAACCACAUAGCAUGCAAUCUACAAGGAGCAGCUGAGGAAGCAUGGGAUGCAAAUGACAAGCAGUCACUUACCCAUGAAACUGCACAUGAUACGAGUGAUCAAUUACUAAAUCGGAGAGAAGAGACUAUAGGCACGAGGAGGCCAAUUUCACAUGAAGGAGAGGUCAAAAGAGAGGUCAAAGAUGCAUCUGCACUUCAGAAUUUGGAUUCUUUAACUGGUGGAGAUCUGCCAGCCACCUUUAUACUCUGCACCGAUGAAACUUCUCCUCGCAAAAUUGACAGAUUGUCAUGUGAUGCGACUGAAAUUAAUGGGAAUGGGAUGGAGACUCAAAGGCAAGGAUCAAGCUCAUCAGACAAAGUAUUUGACUUGGAAGGUGCAUAUGCAUCAGGCCAUUUUCCUGAGAAUCAUUGUUCCAAAGUUCCCCUUGUCCCUUCUGAUAUGGAGAUUGAUUCUCAAGGACUCUUGGGAGGCUUUGAAAACAUAAAGAUGAAUGAUACAGGGAUUAUGAGCAAUAAUCUCAGAAAAGUUGACACCUAUUCAUCAUUACACAAGUGCCAAUUGCCCCAUGAAAGCCACUUGGAACCAACAAAAGUCGGAAAAGAAAAAAUCCUCCACGCUAGCAACAAUCAUAAGGAGAAGAAUAAAAUAAAGUUGGGUACCUUGAGAACAAAGAAAUCGAAGGUUGAGGGGAAGCAAGAGAAACCAAUUAACUGGGAUGAUCUAAGGAAAACCUAUUCCAGCGGAGCAAGAAAAACUAGUGGUGAUGCAAUGGAUUCAUUGGACUGGGAGGCAGUUAGGCAAGCACCCGUUGAAGUGGUUUCCAAGACCAUUGUGGAGCGUGGAAUGAACAAUGUUCUUGCAACUCGAAUCAAGGGGUUUCUUGAGCGAGUGGUUAGAGAUCAUGGAAGUCUCAACCUUGAGUGGCUAAGAAAAGUACCACCAGACAAAUCAAAGGAGUACUUAUUGAGUAUUGAAGGUCUGGGUUUGAAAAGUGUGGAGUGUUUGCGGCUUUUGACACUUCAUCAUCAUGCCUUCCCAGUUGACACAAAUGUUGCUCGCGUAGCAGUGCGUCUAGGCUGGGUCCCUCUACAACCACUUCCCGACUCAAUACAGAUACAUCUCCUAGACCAGUACCCUAUGAUGGACUCCAUUCAAAAGUAUCUAUGGCCGCGGCUAUGCACACUUGAUCAACCAACACUCUAUGAACUACAUUAUCAGAUGAUAACUUUUGGUAAGGUCUUUUGUACAAAAAGACGUCCAAACUGCAAUGCAUGUCCAAUGAGGGGAGAGUGCAGACACUUUGCCAGUGCAUUUGCAAGUUCUAGGCUUGCCCUGCCAGGGCUACAACAGACAAGUAGCACAAAUCCAGGGGUUCCAGUUGCUGCUUAUGCUCAAAACCCUGUUGUGUGCACACCAAUAACGGGGUCUGAGGAAAACUUACCAGACUCAAGAUACCAAAGCAAGGAUUGUGAACCAAUCAUUGAAAUGCCAGCUUCUCCAGGGCCUGAAUAUACAGAGACACUUGAAAGGGACAUUGAAGAUUUGUUCACCGAGUCUGAUGACGAAAUACCUACAAUCAAGCUAAAUAUAGAAGAGCUUAAAGGAAAUUUAUUGGAUUAUAUACACAAGAACAAUAUUCCAAUCCCAGAAGAAGAUAUGUCGAAAGCUUUGGUUGUUUUAAGUUCAGAAGCUGCUUCGAUGCCUGUGCCUAAAAUGAAGUAUGUUAGCCGUUUGAAGACAAUGCACUAUGUCUAUGAGAUUCCAGAUGGGCACCCUCUUUUGGAAGGGCUAGACAAGCGGGAACCUAAUGAUCCAAACCCGUACCUUCUUGCUGUAUGGACAUCAGGUAAAAAUGCAAAUUCUUCCAAAUCACCCAAAAAACAAUGCGACUCCAUGGGAUCAGAACUAUGCAAUAUAAAUACAUGGUCGUCAUGCAAUAACAUUCCAGAACAAGACACAGUUCCGGGAACAAUUUUGAUACCAUGUCGAACAGCAACAAGAGGGAGCUUUCCACUCAAUGGGACAUACUUUCAGAUUAAUGAGGUGUUUGCUGAUGAUGAAUCCAGUCAAAAACCAAUUGAUGUUCCCAGGGAAUGGAUACGGAAGCUAGACAUGCGACCUUUAGGUUGUGGAACUUCAGUUUCAACUAUAUUGGGAGGCUUUUCAACUGAUCGAAUUCAGAAGUGCUUUCGGAGAGGAUUUAUUUGUGUAAGAGGAUUCAACCGAAAGACUCGGUUUCCCGAACAUUUGGCUAAUAGAUUUCACACAUCGACAACUGACAUAGCGAAGGCCAAAAUGACAGAUGAGUAG